AUGUCUGAUCAAAAGUAUACCGAGAGAGUAGUCAAUGUCCCACCAGCCACGCAGAGGCACUUCGCCAACGGAUCCUGGCUCAGUUUCGCCUCUCUUGGGCUGUAUGCGCUGAACCGUCUUUACGCCUGGUGGUCCUCUGUAAUCAACUAUCUCAACUACGGGCUCCUCUACCUGUUCCUGGGCGGGGUCCCGCCGACGUACCAUACGAGGCCACGCCCCAAAUACGGGUAUACUCCAGCGGUCUUUGUGACCGGCGCUCAUGAUGGCAUUGGGAGGUCGAUCGCCUUUACGUUAGCUGAAAGUGGGUAUGCAGUGUUCGCAGGUGUCAAGAACGCGGAAGACAUCGAAGACCUCAACCUCCGUUUCGAAGAAUACCGAAAUGCCUUGAGGGCCAGUCCAACGGGAACCCAGAUUCUGGGAUCUCUCACUCCAGUGGUAUGCGAUGUCCUUGACCCAUCGAGCAUCCAGUCUGCUGUGCGGGCGGUGACCAACGCCAUCGCCUCAGACUGGAAGGCGAAACCAUUCGUCUCCGUCGUAAAUGUAGCCGGGUUCUGCAUGGUCUCGCCGAUGGAACUGACUUCUCGCGAAGACAUCCUCCGCAUGAUGAACCUCGAUCUGAUGGCGUACAUCGACGUUACGAAGGCUUUCUUCCCCCUCCUGAAACGUUUCCAAGGCAGAGUCGUGAAUGUCGGCUCCUUCGGCGGCUUCGCACCUGUGCCAGGCUGGACCACCUACAACGCCGUCAAAUCCGGCAUAGAGAAUCUCACGCGCGCAUGGUCACUCGAAACGAGCAGGACUCACGGCAUCCGGAUGGCGACGGUCCGUCCAGGGUUCGUCGCGACCGCAGGCAUAGGCCCCAAGAUCGCACAGGCCAUCGCGUCCUACGAGUCUUCCGACACCGCCAUCGGCUUCGACUCGCUCGGGAACGCGCUUCUUCCCGAUGCACAACCACGAUCUGACGACGAGAAAGCCGAUGUCCAGUCGGCGGGUGAAUACCCCAGCGCCAGCGCGGGUCGCCCGAAUGCGUGGAGGGACUACGAGAAGAUGAUGCGGCGGAAUCGCGAGAUGGUGGAGUUGAGCAUGGAGCUCGGGACGCCGGAAGUGAACGUGGGCAAGACGGUGCGGGAUGCGUUGACGGAGCCGUGGAUGCAGCCGGUGUAUACGGUUGGUGUGGAUGCAUUGCUCCGUCAGAUGGCGAGGGAUUUGUUGCCGGAGCCGCUGUAUGAGUGGGCGGUGUUGAAAGUGUUCACGUAGAGGGAAGGACAGGCGAAGAAAAUCUGACACUCUGCAAGUUAGGUAAGUAGGUACAUUACUAGUAUAUCUUUUAGUGCAGUCUUCCUCAGUCCCACUGCGAGAUCCUUGUUUUCUCGACCGG